ACGCGACCUGGCGGACAUCAUUUCCCAGCUAGCAUCGCUACAGUGAGAAGAGGUGGCAGUGGGCCAGGCAGCUCAGCCAGUGUGCUGCCUGCCUCAGUGAGCACAGCCCCGGAGCAGCCGCGGCCGCGCACAACGGCGGCGGAGCUGUCAGGAAAACCGGACUUCUGCAGCCGCCGACGGCUGGAUCGCAGCGUCGGCCGGUGGAGCGGGACAGCGGAGGCGCAGUCAUGCUGCCAUAGCCGGCGCUGAAAACGCCGAAACCCGAGGUGCUUCCCACAGCCGAGGUGGUGCCCACCGUGCACUGAACAUGUCGGAUAAGAUGUCCAGCUUCCUCCACAUCGGGGACAUCUGCUCCCUGUAUGCAGAGGGCUCCACCAAUGGUUUCAUCAGCACCCUGGGCUUGGUGGACGACCGGUGCGUCGUCCAGCCUGAUGCCGGGGACCUCAACAACCCUCCGAAGAAGUUCAGAGACUGCCUGUUCAGGCUCUGUCCCAUGAACCGAUACUCGGCCCAGAAGCAGUUCUGGAAAGCGGCGAAGCCGGGAGGGAACACGGACGCGGUGCUGCUCAACAAGCUGCACCAUGCAGCUGAUUUGGAGAAAAAGCAAAACGACUCGGAAAACAAAAAACUGCUGGGAACAGUGAUCCAGUAUGGGAACGUGAUUCAGCUUCUCCACCUGAAGAGCAACAAAUACCUGACGGUGAACAAGCGCCUGCCUGCGCUGCUAGAGAAGAACGCCAUGAGGGUGAUGCUGGACCCCGCUGGGAACGAGGGCUCCUGGUUUUACAUCCAGCCCUUCUACAAGCUACGCUCCAUUGGGGACAGCGUGGUGAUCGGGGACAAAGUGGUCCUGAACCCUGUGAACGCUGGCCAGCCGCUCCACGCAAGCACACACCAGCUAGUGGACAAUCCCGGGUGCAACGAGGUGAACUCGGUCAACUGUAACACCAGCUGGAAGAUCGUCUUGUUCAUGAAAUGGGGCGACAAUCAGGAGGUCAUCCUGAAAGGGGGUGAUGUCGUUCGCCUGUUUCACGCGGAGCAGGAGAAAUUCCUAACGUGCGACGACCACAGGAAAAAGCAAUACGUCUUCCUGCGAACCACUGGACGGCAGUCGGCUACCUCAGCGACCAGCAGCAAAGCCCUCUGGGAGAUUGAGGUUGUGCAGCAUGAUCCAUGUCGGGGGGGUGCAGGCUACUGGAACAGCUUGUUCAGGUUCAAACACCUGGCCACUGGACACUACCUGGCCGCAGAGGUAAAUCCAGAGUAUGAAGAGGAGUGCCUGGAGUCUCGCUCCUCUCUGGACUCGGCGCAAGAAGCCUUGCAAGCCCAUUUAAGAAACACCCAGGACAAAGUCAUGUACACGCUGGUGUCCGUUCCCGAUGGCAACGACAUCUCCUCCAUAUUUGAGCUUGACCCCACCACCUUGAGAGGCGGCGACUCGCUGGUGCCCAGGAACUCAUACGUGCGCCUCAGACAUCUGUGCACAAACACGUGGGUUCACAGCACCAACCAGUCGAUUGACAAAGAAGAGGAAAAGCCCGUCAUGCUGCGUAUCGGCACAUCUGCUCUGAAAGAGGACAAGGAGGCCUUCGCCAUCGUGCCCGUGUCGCCGGCCGAGGUCAGGGAUCUGGACUUUGCCAACGAUGCCAGUAAAGUGCUGGCCUCUAUUGCUGGGAAGCUGGAGAAAGGCACGAUCACGCAGAACGAGAGGAGAGCGGUGACCAAGCUUCUGGAGGACCUGGUGUUUUUCGUGGUGGACAUCCCCAACAACGGACAGGACGUUCUGGAGAUCAUGGUCAACAAACCGAACAGGGAGCGACAGAAGCUCAUGAGGGAGCAGAAUAUCCUCAAACAGAUCUUCAAGCUGCUGCAGGCUCCCUUCACGGACAGCGGCGAUGGACCCAUGCUGCGGCUGGAGGAGCUGGCCGACCAGCGCCACGCCCCCUUCAGGCACAUCUGCCGCCUGUGCUACCGGGUUCUACGUCACUCUCAGCAGGACUACCGCAAGAAUCAGGAAUAUAUAGCCAAACAGUUUCGCUUCAUGCAGAAGCAGAUUGGCUACGAUGUGCUGGCAGAGGACACGAUCACCGCCCUGCUCCAUAACAACCGCAAGCUUCUGGAGAAACACAUAACAGCCGCAGAGAUCGACACGUUUGUUAGCCUGGUCCGCAAGAACCGAGAGCCCAGGUUCCUGGACUACUUGUCAGACCUGUGUGUGUCGAUGAAUAAGUCCAUCCCUGUGACACAGGAGCUGAUCUGUAACGCAGUUCUGGAUCCUGCUAAUGCAGACAUCCUCAUAGAAACAAAAUUGGUAUUGUCAAGGUUUGAGAUUGAAGGAGUGUCUCUGGGGGAGAACUCUGUGGAGUCAGAGGAGGAUGAGGAGGAGGUGUGGUUGUUCUGGAAGGACAACACGAAGGACAUCCGCAGUAAAAGCAUCAGGGAGCUGGCCCAGGAUGCAAAGGACGGCCAGAAGGAGGACCAGGAGGUGAUCCGGUACUACAGGUACCAGUUAAACCUGUUUGCCAGGAUGUGCUUGGACCGCCAGUAUUUGGCCAUCAACAAGAUCUCCUGCCAGCUGGACGUGGACCUGAUCCUGCGCUGCAUGUCAGACGAAGACCUGCCCUAUGACCUGCGAGCCUCCUUCUGCAGGAUGAUGCUGCACAUGCACGUGGACCGUGACCCUCAGGAGCAGGUCACGCCCGUCAAAUACGCCCGGCUGUGGUCGGAGAUCCCGUCGGAGAUCGCCAUUAACGACUAUGACAAUGAUGGAACGUCUAAAGAUGAGAUUAAGGAGCGAUUCUCCCAGACUAUGGAGUUUGUGGAGAACUACCUGAGAGAUGUUGUGUGUCAGAACUUCCCCUUUGCAGAUAAAGAGAAGAACAAGCUCACGUUUGAGGUGGUUAAUCUGGCCAGGAACCUGAUUUAUUUUGGUUUUUACAACUUCCGUGACCUGUUGAGACUAACGAAGAUCCUGCUGGCUAUUCUGGACUGUGUCCAUGUGAGCACCAUUUUCCCUUUCAGCAACAAAGCAAAUGAGCGCCCGGGUGCAGGCAGUCACGUGAUGAGGUCCAUUCAUGGCGUCGGGGAGCUGAUGACCCAGGUCGUCCUGGGAGGAGGGGCUUUCCUUCCCAUCGCUUCCAACAGCAGCUCCAGUGGAGAAACCGUGAAAACCCAGACUGAAGCAGAGAAACAGGACAUACUGGUCAUGGACACCAAGCUGAAGAUCAUAGAGAUCCUGCAGUUCAUCCUGAACGUCCGUCUGGACUACAGGAUCUCGUGUCUGCUGUCAAUAUUCAAGAGAGAGUUUGAUGAAAGUAACUCCCAGAGUGACGUAUCUGUUAGUGGGUCGGUGGAUGGUCCAAACAGCAUGCCAGGAGCUUUGGAUUUUGAGCACAUAGAGGAGCAGGCAGAGGGGAUAUUUGGUGGAAGUGAAGAGAACACCCAGCUGGAUCUAGACGAUCAUGGCGGUCGUACAUUCUUGCGGGUCCUGCUCCACUUGACCAUGCACGACUACCCCCCGCUGGUCUCCAGAGCUCUCCACCUGCUCUUUAGGCAUUUCAGCCAAAGGCAGGAGGUUCUACAGGCUUUCAAGCAGGUCCAGCUGUUGGUCACCAGCCAGGACGUGGACAAUUACAAGCAAAUAAAGUCGGACCUGGACCAGCUGCGCUCCAUCGUGGAGAAGUCUGAGCUCUGGGUGUACAAGAGGCAGGGGCCCGACGAGGCCAUGGAUGCAGGAGACGCGCUGGCCAGAGAACCAGAGCAUAACAAGGGGGACUCAGGACUCACAGACAAACCAAAGAAGCCAGAAAGCACAACCAGUUACAACUACAGAGUGGUGAAAGAGAUCCUGCUGCGUCUCAGCAAGCUGUGUGUCCAGGAAGGCUUCUCGGGCAGGAAGAGCAAGAAGCAGCAGCAGAGGCUCCUGAGGAACAUGGGCGCCCACGCCGUGGUUCUGGAGCUGCUGCAGAUCCCCUAUGAGAAGGGAGAAGACCUGCGGAUGCAGGACAUCAUGAAGCUCGCUCACCAGUUCCUGCAGAACUUCUGCGCGGGAAACCAGCAGAACCAAGCUCUGCUCCACAAGCACAUCAACCUCUUCCUCAACCCGGGGAUCCUAGAAGCCAUAACCAUGCAGCACAUCUUCAUGAACAACCUCCAGCUGUGCAGCGAGAUCAACGAGCGCGUGGUUCAGCACUUUGUGCACUGCAUCGAGACGCACGGGCGGAACGUCCAGUACCUCAAGUUCCUGCAGACGAUUGUCAAAGCGGAGAAUAAGUUCAUCAAAAAGUGUCAGGACAUCGUGAUGGCAGAGCUGGUGAACGCCGGCGAGGACGUUCUGGUCUUCUACAACGACCGCGCCUCCUUCCAGACGCUGGUCCAGAUGAUGCGGUCGGAGCGCGACCGCAUGGACGAGAACAGCCCCCUGAUGUACCACAUACACCUGGUGGAGCUGCUGGCCGUCUGCACCGAGGGCAAGAACGUCUACACGGAGAUCAAGUGCAACUCCCUGCUGCCGCUGGACGACAUAGUGCGAGUGGUGACGCACGAGGACUGCAUCCCUGAGGUGAAAAUCGCCUACAUCAACUUCCUGAACCACUGCUACGUGGACACCGAGGUGGAAAUGAAGGAGAUCUACACGUCGAACCACAUGUGGAAGCUCUUUGAGAGCUUCCUGGUGGACAUCUGCCGGGUGUGCAACAACACCAGCGACCGCAAGCACGCCGACACCAUCCUGGAGCGCUACGUGACGGAGACGGUCAUGAGCAUCGUCACCACCUUCUUCAGCUCCCCCUUCUCCGACCAGAGCACCAGCCUGCAGACCAGGCAGCCCGUCUUUGUGCAGCUCCUGCAGGCAGUGUUCAGGGUCUACCACUGCCACUGGCUGAUCCCCAUCCAGAAGGGUUCUGUGGAGAGCUGCAUCAAGGUUCUGUCCGACGUCGCCAAAGGCCGAGCCAUCGCCAUCCCCGUAGACCUGGACAAGCAGGUGACCAACCUGUUUGUGAAAUCCAACAACAUCGUUCAGAAGACGGCCAUGAGCUGGAGGCUGUCGGCGCGCAACGCCUCCCACAGGGAGUCGGUGGUGACGGCAUCGCGGGACUACAGGAACAUCAUAGAGAGGCUGCAGGACAUCGUGUCGGCUCUGGAGGACCGGCUGCGUCCGCUGGUCCAGGCUGAACUCUCGGUUCUGGUGGACGUGCUGCAUCGGCCCGAGCUUCUCUUCCCCGAGAACACAGACUCGCGGAAAAAGUGUGAAAGCGGAGGUUUUAUAUGCAAGCUGAUCAAACAUACCAAGCAGCUGCUGGAGGAAAACGAGGAGAGACUGUGCAUAAAGGUUCUGCAAACGCUACGAGAGAUGAUGACGAAAGACCGAGGUUACGGGGAGAAGCUCAGGGCCUUUGAUGAUGAGAUGGAUAUGCCUCAGCUGGAUCAGAACCAGCCUGAGAAGCUGCUGCAGGACCAGAAAAGGGGCGAGGCGCUGAGACAGAUCCUGGUGAACCGUUACUAUGGCAACUUCCAUCGGAGUGGUGGGCGGAGGGACAGCCUGACGUCAUUCGCCGGUGGCCCCCUCGGUCCGGUUGGGCCCGGCAGGAGCCAAUCAGCCCUGGGGGGGGCGGGGGGGCUGAGCCGUGGUGAAAUGAGCCUGGCAGAAGUACAGUGUCACCUGGACAAGGAGGGGGCCUCUGACCUCGUCAUCGACCUCAUCAUGAACACGACCAGUGACCGAGUCUUCCAGGAGAGCAUCCUCCUGGCCAUCGCACUGCUGGAGGGUGGAAACACCACCAUCCAGCGUUCAUUCUUCUGCCGGCUGACGGAGGACAAGAAGUCCGAAAAGUUCUUCCGGGUCUUUUACGACCGUAUGAAAGUGGCCCAGUUGGAGAUCAAAGCCACCGUGACAGUGAAUACAAGCGACCUGGGAAACCGGAAGCGAGAAGAUGAGAGUCAGGACAAAGAGCCCCCUGUUCGCAAGAAAGCCAAAGAGUCACCGGUGACCAUGACGGAGGACACCAAGGAGCAACUGCUGGAGGCGUCGUCCGCCACCAAGAAGGCCUUCAACUCCUACCGGCGGGAGGCCGACCCCGAGGACCACUACGCCUCGGCCGACGGCCAGCCGGGCGGCGGCGACAAGAACCAGGACGACGGGGAGAUGAGCUUCGUGGUCGUCAUCAUGCAGCCCAUACUGCGCUUCCUCCAGCUGCUGUGUGAGAAUCACAACCGCGACCUGCAGAAUUUCCUGCGUUGUCAAAACAACAAGAACAACUACAACCUCGUGUGCGAGACGCUGCAGUUCCUGGACUGCAUCUGCGGCAGCACGACCGGAGGCCUCGGCCUGCUGGGCCUGUACAUCAACGAGAAGAACGUGGCCCUCAUCAACCAGACUCUGGAGAGUCUGACCGAGUACUGCCAGGGCCCCUGUCAUGAAAACCAGAAUUGCAUCGCCACUCACGAGUCCAAUGGCAUCGAUAUAAUCAUCGCUCUGAUCCUUAACGACAUCAACCCACUUGGUAAAAAGCGGAUGGACCUGGUGUUGGAGCUCAAGAACAACGCGUCCAAGCUGUUGCUCGCCAUCAUGGAGAGCCGCCAUGACAGUGAGAACGCAGAGCGGAUCCUGUACAACAUGAGGCCCAAAGAGCUGGUGGAGGUGAUCAAAAAGGCCUAUCUGCAGGGGGAGGUGGAGUUUGAAGGCACGCGGGAGGAGGAGGAGAACGGCGAAGAGGAGGAGCACGACGCCGCUUCCCCCAGAAAUGUCGGACACAACAUCUACAUCUUGGCUCACCAGUUGGCGCGCCAUAAUAAGGAGCUGUGCAUAAUGCUGAAGCCGGGAGGGGCCAGCGGGGACGGAGACGAGGCCUUGGAGUUCUACGCCAAGCACACUGCUCAGAUAGAGAUCGUCCGUCAGGACCGCACCAUGGAGGAGAUAGUGUUCCCCGUGCCCAACAUCUGUGAGUUCCUGACCUCGGAGUCAAAGCUCCGGAUCUACUACACCACAGAGCGAGAUGAGCAGGGCAGCAAGAUCAAUGACUUCUUCCUACGGGCGGAGGAUCUGUUCAAUGAGAUGAACUGGCAGAAGAAACUAAGAGCCCAGCCGGUGCUGUACUGGUGCUCCAGGAACAUGUCCGUGUGGAGCACGGUCUCCUUCAACCUGGCGGUGCUCAUGAACCUGCUGGUCUGCUUCUUCUACCCCCUGGAGGGAGAGUAUGGAGGCAUGCUGGAUCCCCACCUCUCUGCGCUGCUGUGGAUGGGGGUCCUGGCUACGCUGGUCAUCGUGGUCAUCAUGCCCCAGCCGCUGGGCAUCCGCGCCCUCGUCAUCGUCACCAUCCUCCGGCUCAUCUUCUCGGCCGGUCUGGAGCCCACCCUCUUCCUCCUCGGUGCCUGCAACGUUUGUAACAAAAUUAUCUUCCUGAUAAGUUUCGUGGGGAACAGAGGAACCUUCACGAGAGGCUACAGAGCCAUGGUGAUGGACUUUGAGUUCCUCUACCACCUCAUCUACCUCAUCAUCUGCUGCCUGGGGGUCUUUGUCCAUGUCUUUUUCUACAGUCUGUUGCUCUUCGACCUCGUGUACCGGGAGGAGACGCUGCUGAACGUCAUCAAGAGCGUGACGCGCAACGGCCGCUCCAUCGUGCUCACCGCCGUGCUGGCGCUCAUCUUGGUCUACCUGUUCUCCAUCGUUGGCUACAUCUUCUUCAAAGACGACUUCAUCCUGGAGGUGGAUCGGAUAACGAACGCCACCCAGAAAAGCGGGGACAGCCUGGCCAGCAGGUUUCUGUCUGCAGGGGUUUGUCAGGGGGGGUCUGAUGAGAACUGCAGCACAGAGGCCUUGAAGGAAGAAUUUGGGAACGACCCCGAUGAGGACGGCAGCAUGGAGCGUACGUGCGACUCUUUACUCAUGUGUAUUAUAACUGUGUUGAGUCACGGCUUGAGGAGUGGAGGGGGUGUAGGGGAUGUUCUCCGCAAGCCUUCCAAGGAGGAGCCAUUGUUUGCAGCCAGAGUGAUAUACGACCUGCUCUUCUUCUUCAUGGUCAUCAUCAUUGUCCUCAACCUCAUCUUUGGCGUAAUCAUCGACACCUUCGCUGACCUGAGGAGCGAGAAACAGAAGAAAGAGGAGGUCCUGAAGACGACCUGCUUCAUCUGCGGACUGGAGCGGGACAAAUUCGACAACAAGACGGUGACUUUUGAGGAGCACAUCAAGGAGGAGCACAACAUGUGGCACUACCUGUUCUUCAUCGUGCUGGUGAAGGUGAAAGACUCCACCGAGUACACGGGCCCUGAAAGCUACGUGGCUCAGAUGAUCAAGGAGCACAACCUGGACUGGUUCCCACGCAUGCGGGCCAUGUCGCUGGUGAGCAGCGACGCCGAGGGGGAGCAGAACGAGAUCCGGAACCUGCAGGAGAAGCUGGAGUCCACCAUGAGGCUGGUGGCCAACCUGUCCGGGCAGCUGACGGAGCUCAAGGAGCAGAUGACAGAGCAGAGGAAGCAGAAGCAGCGCAUCGGCCUCCUGGGUCACCCCCCUCACAUGAACAUCAACCCCCAGCAGCCCGCCUGAGCGCCACCACGGCCCGACACAGCAAACCUCAGCCGACGCGCCCGCGUUUUCUGUUUUUACCAAAAGUGUGCGUCUGUGUGUCUGUCUGUGUGUGUGUGGGGGGGGGGGUAGUGCGCACCAAGUGCCUCGGGACCAGCAAAGCCAGUCCUGUGAGUUCAGGAGACAAAAACACUGGCUUCAGCUCCGCUCGGCCGUGGUUUCCCUUAAGUGCCCUUGUAUACGGCUUCAAACCACCAGCAGAGCCGGCUCACGUGCAGUUUGAACGUCACCAUACGCUGUUUAACGUUUGCUCGUGGCUGACAGCAAUACUUAAUAUGCAACGUCUCAAUACAAAGAAACUAUUUUUGGAAACUGUUGUUUGCUUUUAUAUUUAAAUCCCGGCCAUAAUAUAAUUACUGCACCACUGGAGACAAAAACACUUCAGAAUAAUUUUGAAGAGGUCACCAUAUUUUUUAUUGUUUGUUAAAAUAAUCUGAGGUUGUUUUUAUAGUGAGAGAAAGUAUUUUAUAGGGAGGUUGAGAUUUGUAAUCCAAUGAAGGUUCUAUUCUUUCUUGGUCACUUUAGAUUUAAAAUGAAAAGGUUGGUAUUAAGGAAGUAAGAGAAGAAGCCAUUGUCUGUACCGUGUUUACUGGGAUUCACAGGACCAAACUGAAAGAAUUUUUGGUAUCGUCAUUAAAUUGGUUAUUUCUUCUGUGCACUUAUGUAUUUAAUCUUCCUUGAACUCAUUUAGUCCUUAAAACACUGAUAUUUCCUGUAGCACACAGAUGAUUGUUGCUUCCUGGUUUGGUCCCUUUUGUGAAAGAUCCGCAUGAGAAUGACUGUUUGAAUGUAGGUGAGAAUUAAACCUUGUCAUUUGUGGUGCUGCUUGACCAAACCAAACCUUUCAUACUAAUGGAUGGUUUGUGUCUUAAUUGUACAUUCCAUUCUUGGAGUCUAUUUAAAUAAACAAGUGUGUGAAACAG